GUGGGGAGUUUGAUCUCCCUUCGCCGCGCAGGGAUUCGGCUGGGGAGUCCCCCAGGCAAGUUCGCCCCGAGAGCGGGUCCUGCGGGCCGAGAUGCUCCUCCGGGACCUGGUGCUGCGCCGUGGCUGCUGCUGGCCCUCACUGCUGCUGCACUGCGCGCUCCACCCGCUCUGGGGCUUCGUGCAGGUGACACAAGGUGAGCCCCAGAAGUCCUGCUCCAAAGUGACUGACAGCUGUCAACACGUCUGCCAGUGCCGGCCCCCUCCUCCGCUGCCCCCGCCACCCCCGCCUCCGCCACCUCCCAGACUCCUCUCCGCCCCAGCCCCCAGCUCCACCUCGUGCCCCGCGGAGGAGAGCUGGUGGUCGGGGCUGGCGAUCGUCAUCGCGGUAUGCUGUGCCUCCCUGGUGUUUCUCGCCGUGCUCGUCAUCAUUUGUUACAAAGCCAUCAAGAGGAAACCCCUGAGGAAGGAGGAGAACGGCACCGGCGGGGCCGAGUACCCCAUGUCCGCGCGGAGCCGCAAAGGCGUGGACGUGAACAGCGCGGUGGUGUGAGCCUGCCGGCCGCUGGCGGAGGGAA